UGUAUGUGGUGAUGUGGCCAGGUCGCUACACUUCGGCGGAUUGGCUUGUGACUCCUGUAAGGCCUUCUUCAGGAGAGCUGUCUUAAGUAAAGCCUAUCGUACCUUCGUCUGUACCAGCGAUCAACAGUGCGUAAUAACUGUUGAUUCUCGACGGAGUUGCCAGGAGUGCAGGUUCGCUGGCUGUUUGCGCGCUGGUAUGGACGUGUCGCUGGCCAAACGUGAGGACGAGAGAACGCACCACUCGAAUCCCACCUACCACCACCACCGCCACCAACAACAACAACAACAACCACCACCACCACAACGCCGCCACGAACGGAUUAAUCAUAACAUAAAUGUAAUCCAGACGCCUUAUCCAAGCUUAUCCAUCCGGGACAUGACCCCAGGGUCGAGUUAUGGUCUCAGUAGCUCUCAGGGUCCAAGGCCAUUGUUUUCUCAGGGCUAUGGCGAAGGAGGGGUAGUUAUGGGAUCUGGGUAUCCGAGAGCUGAGGGUUCUGCUCCGUCGAUAAGGGGUUCCUCAAGGGGUGACGCUGGCUCCUUCGUCAGUUAUCAUCGACCCUUCCCCGGGGAUAACUUCGUCACUAGUUAUCCAGGUCUGGGGAGUAGUCUUAUGCCUGGUACUAGUUAUAUGCCUUCAGGUCUCCAUGAACGUACUAGUGGUAAUAUGGCUAGACAUGAGCCCCCUAGACAUAGCCCCCCCAGCAGCUAUAAUCUCGUGGGUAGUAUUAGUCCACAAAAUAGCCACAUGCCUAUGGUGUGUGCUAGUUCGCCAAGUAGUCCCACACGACAUAGCCCCAUGGGAGACUAUAGCCCUCCUCAUAGCCAGGCUUCUAUGGCUACUACCAGACCGACUGUUAUUAGCAGCCGAGUGUUGCCCACUACCCAAGAUGACGGCCGCUCCUCCUCCACACCCUGGGGGGAGGUGAAGAAGGAGCCAGCCAUCACGGAACUUCAAGUCAACCCCGCCGCCCUUGAGAGAUCCAGUAGUUCAGGUAGUGGCGGCCCGUCUACCUUACUACCUCAGUCUCCGCUGGUGUUUGGGAAGGAUCUGGAGCCUUACCUCAGCUGUCGGGACUACGGGGAGAUCAAGGAGCUUCAUGACUUAUACUCAACCUCGUUCGACCUGCCGGCACCUAUACGGGACCGGAUGAUCAAGACGGAGGAGUUAGGGAAGCUGUACUCACACUUCAUACAGAAACGGGCCAAGUUCCUGGUGAACACUCCGCUGUACAAGACCCUGGCGCAGGAGGACCGUCAGAAGCUGCUGCACACAGCGGUGGCCAUGAGUACCUACUUCACGGGGGCGCACCUUAUCGACAUGACCAACUACACGUGGAAGGCUCACAACGGCACCGAUAAGAGCAGCCCCAUCAUGUCGGCCACCACCAUCCGUCCCGUCCUCACCCACGAGCAGUUCAUGUUUGUGAUGCGUUACUACACCACCUACUCCCCCUUCUUCACCGACCUGACGGUGGCCAUACUGAUGCAGGUGUUGUCGCUCUUCUACCCUGAGCCGGGGCUGGUGGAGCAGGAGGUGGUGGAACAAGGGCGUCUACACUACCUGGGUCUCCUCUCACGGUACCUGGCGGUCACUCACGGUCCUCACCUUGGUGAAGCUCACCUGAGAACACUGUUGGACAGCCAGCGAGAGGCCCGCCACCUGGUCCACCUUCUGCAGCACGUGGACCUGACGCCUCGAGUACCCAGACGUGACCUGGUGGCCUCAAGGAAGCUCCUGGUGGAGGGUAUACAGCUGGUGUGUGACCGGGCCAGGAACAGCCUGGCCAUGAGGGACACUACCAAAGGCCCUAUGAGGGACAGUUACCGUAUACUGCCUGGCCCUUGUAACCCUGCAGAAGCUCUCCUGCCAGUAGGGUCUUCCCGGACGCAGGAUACCGAGCGCGUGGCCUUCAUCCAGGACACUCUCAUCCGUCUGGCCAACUGUGAGGAUCCCCACACCCUAGAGAAGGCUCGACGCAUCCUGCCUCCUGACCUCAUCCUUAAGUUCUUCCACCAACAACAGGGAGCCUCUAUGACACAGCACCUUUCUUUGUACCGCCUGACACCGUCCAGCUAG